AUGGCUGUAUUGUUUCUCUGUAACUAUGCUCUUGAACUUGGGUGGUACAGCACCUCCGUCCAGGUGUUGAGCAAGCCCGAACUGGACACAUUUAGAAAGGGGCGGGACAAGGGUGCUUCCCGAAGCUUCUCUUUCGCAGCUUUUUGGCUGCACCUCACAGGCGGCUCCGUGGUUCAGCAUUUACUAGAUGCUGAGAACAACAAAGGUGAAAAGGGCAGCAAAGACCUGCAGAUCUUUUGUGUCUCCUGCGGGCAGCCCAUCUCUAAGCGUGUUGCCUUGCACCACAUGGAACGCUGCUUUGCCAAGUAUGAGUGCCAACGGUCCAUUGGGUCCCUGUACCCUACUUGCAUUGAAGGGACCACAUGGUUCUACUGUGAUGCCUACAGUCUGAAGAGUAAGAGGUACUGUAAGCGCCUCAAGGUGCUGUGUUCUGAGCACUCUUGGGACCCCAAGGUGCCAAAGGAUGAGGUGGGCGGUUGUCCACUAGUGCAUAAUGUCUUUGAGUUCACGGGUAAUUUCUGUUGCCUCCCCAAAUGCCUGUGCAACUGCUACUACAGCUGGGAGAAGCUGAGGCGUGCCGAGGUGGACCUGGAGCGCAUGCAGGCGUUGCACAAGCUGGAACAGCUGUUUGAGCAGGAGCAGAAGGUGCACACGUUUUUGAUGAACCGGGUGGGGCUGCUGGCUCUGAUGCUGCACAAGACGAUCCAGCAUGACCCAUUCACCAGUGACUUGUGCUCCAGGGUGGACAUCUAA